AUGUGCGUCGCCAGAGGAGGUGGUGAUGGUCUAUGCGUUGACCAUGAGGGGCACGUGAUGGGUUUCCUUCCAGUGCGAUAUCCGCCCAUCGCAUUACGCUCUGGGCAUCUCCAAGGUGGCGCCCUAUUGCAGUCCCUCCAAAAAAUGCAGGCCUCAGGCUGCUUCCUGUUGCUCUCUCUUCUCCUCUCGUCUCCCUUGUCAUCAUUCUCCUUGGCUCUAUCUGAUGAGGAAGCCUCUCUUAUUGCUCAUCGCCAACUCUUAGCCAUUCCUAAAGAUGGUGACUUGCCCAAUGACUUUGAAUAUGAGGUAGAUCUUGUAGUAGCCUUUGCCAACGCUAGGCUGCGGCAAGCCUACAUUGCACUCCAAGCUUGGAAACAUGCUAUGUACUCUGACCCAUUUAACACCACCUCCAACUGGGAAGGGGCCAAUGUUUGUGCUUACAAGGGCGUUUUCUGUGCACCAGCACUUGAUAACCCGAAAUUGAGUGUGGUCGCUGGCGUGGAUCUUAACCAUGCUGACAUUGCAGGGUAUCUCCCAGUGGAGUUGGGUUUGAUGACUGAUCUUGCUCUUUUCCACAUUAAUUCCAACCGGUUCUGCGGGAUCAUUCCCAAGAGUUUCUCUAGGCUUACAAUUCUCCACGAGCUUGAUGUUAGUAACAAUCGGUUUGUGGGUCCUUUUCCAGCAGUGGUUCUAUCAAUUCCUGCUCUCAGGUACCUUGAUCUCAGGUAUAAUGAAUUUGAAGGGGAAUUGCCUCCUGAACUCUUCGAUAAGGAUCUUGAUGCGUUGUUUGUGAACCAUAACCGGUUCACAUCCAAUAUUCCUGAAACUCUGGGCCACUCUCGGGCCUCCGUUAUUGUGUUUGCCGGCAACAAAUUUACAGGCUGCAUUCCACGCAGCAUUGGGCAGAUGGGGAACACUCUGAAUGAGAUUAUAUUUGCAAGCAAUGAUAUGUCGGGAUGCCUCCCAACUGAGAUUGGAAUGCUGCGAAAUUUAACAGUUUUUGAUGCGGCAUCGAACUCAUUUACGGGCAUAUUGCCGAAAAGCUUUAAUGGGCUUAAACAAAUUGAGCAUUUGAAUGUUGCCCAUAACACGCUGACAGGAUUUGUGUCAGAUAGCAUAUGCAACUUGUCUAGCUUGUCCAAUUUCACAUUCUCCUACAACUACUUCAAAGGUGAAGCCAAAGCAUGCGAACCGCCUUCCAGGACAGACAUCACGCUGGAUGAUACAAGCAACUGUUUACCAGACCGCCCAAAACAGAAGUCCGCAGCAACUUGCAAUCCGGUGGUUAGCCGGCCAGUUGAUUGUAGCAAGGCCAAGUGUGGGGGUGGUGCAUCAACACCCUCUCCCUCUCCAUCAAGUCCUCCAGGCGACAAGGCCUCACCCCCACCACACACUACGCCUUCUACCACUCCAAAACCAUCUCCCACGCCAUCUCCAAAGUCAACACCAUCGCCUUCAAAGCCAUCUCCCACACCAUCUCCACCAAAACCCUCACCCUCAUCCUCACCUCCAAAGUCAACUCCCGCACCAUUUCCACCCUCACCAUCGCCCCCAAAACCAUCUCCAGCGCCAUCUCCAAAAUCAUCACAGACUCCAUCUCCAAAACCCUCACCUUCACCGUCACCUCCAAAGUCAACUCCUGCACCAUUUCCACCCUCACCAUCACCCCCAAAACCAUCUCCAGCGCCAUCUCCAAAAUCAUCACAGACUCCAUCUCCAAAACCCUCGCCUUCGCCACCAAAGCCAUCUCCAGCACCGUCUCCAAAAUCAUCCCCGUCACCGCCAAAGCCCUCACCGUCUCCAGACUCAUCCCCAUCACCCCCAAAACCAUCACCGUCACCACCAAAACCAUCACCGUCACCGCCAAAACCCUCACCGUCUCCAAACUCAUCCCCAUCACCCCCAAAACCAUCACCGGCACCACCAAAACCAUCACCGGCACCGCCAAAACCCUCACCGUCUCCAAACUCAUCCCCAUCACCCCCAAAACCAUCACCAUCUCCAAAAUCAUCACCAUCACCUCAAACACCAUCUCCGAAAUCAUCUCCAUCACCCACUCCAAAAGCAUCCCCAUCUCCAUCUCCAAAAUCUUCGCCGUCACCACCAAAACCGCCUUCUCCUGCUGCAAACCCUCCUAAACAACCUUUUGCACCGACUGAAGCACCAGGGCCAUCCCCCGAUCCCAAUGCUCAAUCUCCAGUUCCAAUGAGGCGUCCCCCUCCAAGAUCUUGGCACUCCCCUCCACCUCCACUCCACUCUCCACCCCCACCACCCCUCCACUCCCCUCCACCUCCACUCCACUCUCCACCACCACCAAAUCUCCAAUCCCCUCCACCGCCACUCCAAUCUCCACCACCACCGCCCUUCCACUCCCCUCCACCUCCACUCCGCUCCCCCCCACCACCCGUCCACUCCCCUCCACCACCACCUCCUCCUGUGUCCUCCCCACUAUCCCCUCCACCGGCUGACGACUUCAUUCUUCCCCCACAUCUUGGCUUCGAGUACUCCUCCCCACCACCACCAAUGUUCCCAGGUUACUAAAUGGUUGGGCGCUCUCCUAUUAGUUAUACAAUCUUACAACCUACACCCACUUUUGUUAGUAGUUUGUAGUUAGUGAUACAAGCAGGGAUACAACAAAACACACUUACCUGCAGAUUGUAAAUCUCAUAUCCACAGCGGAAAGUGUUUGCAAUGUCCAUUUCCCCUGUUAAUAUUCUUGUAAUUUCUCUUUAACGUGUGUUGUGCAUGGACCAAAUCAGCCCUUUGUCCGCUACGUCCUCAUGCAUGCGCGUCAACUUCCAACUUGAAUUGCUCAGAGGGGACAUCAUCUGUAUAUCAUGUCAUCUUGUAGCAUAUCAAGGAAUUGGUUUU